CUGUUGAAGAAAAGUUUGAGCUUCCGUCGAGUAAUCAAAAAAUUCCCCAAUACUCUCCCCGUGGCCUACGGCUGAGGCAUCAUCUCUGUGAUAUAAACUAGACAGACGAUUGGCGACGGUGUCGAGGACGAAGAGAAAUGAUUGGCGGCAGGGAUCGCCGGUCUUCAGCAAAACGCCUUUUACAUGCACCGAGCUCUGGAUACGAACAAUCUGAGAGAUGCUUUGAAGUUCUCGGCGCAGAUGCUCUCCGAGCUCCGUACUUCCAAGCUUUCUCCUCACAAGUACUAUGAACUUUACAUGCGAGCGUUUGACGAAUUGAGGAAACUAGAGAUUUUCUUGAAGGAAAAGACGCACCGAGGCUGCUCGAUCGUUGAGCUAUAUGAAAUUGUGCAGCAUGCUGGUAACAUAUUGCCUAGAUUGUAUCUCUUAUGCACUGUGGGAUCUGUAUACAUAAGGUCCAAAGAAGCUCCUGCCAAGGAUGUCCUUAAAGAUGUAGUGGAAAUGUGUCAUGGCAUUCAGCACCCUGUACGCGGGCUCUUCUUAAGGAGUUACCGUUCUCAAACCAGUAGGGAUAAAUUACCUGAUAUCGGUUCGGAAUAUGAAGGGGAUGCAGAUACAGCUGUAGAUGCUGUUGAGUUCGUGCUCCAAAAUUUGACAGAGAUGAACAAGCUGUGGGUGCGAAUGCAGCAUCAGGUUAAUAGGGAAGAUUAAUGCAACUUACCCAAACACAAACAAAGAUAGAAUAGCAAUAUAAUCAACUAGACAAACACAUUCAUUCAUUCAAACCCUAGAAUAUCCAUACAUACAUAGUAAACCUAAAACUAAUGUUUGGGGUUUAAAACUCCUAGUACCUUAGAGGACUACUCUAUAAAGAAGGGAAAAAGAUACAUAUUUGAAAUUGAAGAAGACUUGAGGUUGACGAAGAUGCCUCCUUUCUUCUAGCUCAUUUUCCUUCUUCUCUUCUUCUUCUCCUUCCUUCAGCUUCUCUCUCUUCUCUCUCUCUUAAACAAAAGCUCUUCUCUCAAAAUAAGCUCUCCUAAAAGGGGGAAAGGGGUCUUCUAUUUAUAGGCAAUCAAGGGACGAAGAAUCGCGUCCUGCAGGGCAGAUAUCGCGGGAUCUUCAGUGGCGUGGCCGCGAUCUUGCAACGCAAUCGUAUUGGCCAAUGGGAUUGAGGAGAUCGCGGGCUGACUUCACAGUCGUGAUCUUCCUCGCCUUCAAAAUACACUAUGUCCGGGAUUCGAUCGGGGAAACUUUUUGUUUCUCCUCAGCUCCUUCUUCGCGAAGUUCGCGCCCUGAGCCCUCCGAUUUGCGGUCACGAUCUUGGUCUUCUAUGCCGCGAUCUUCAGCUUGACUUUGCCGUCUAUUAUCUCGGCCAUGAUCUUCUCUUCUAGGCCACAAUCUUCAGUCUUCUGCCCCGUUGCUAUACUUGUGACCUUGUUUUGUACCUAAUUCACAAAUAUCGUCUAACACACGCUUAAAUCACAUCGAAUUCAAAUAGGACGAAAUAGGGAUGCAAUUGACGAUGUUUAAACACUUAUGAACAUAAAUUGGCAUGAACCAAACCUCAAUAUGAGGGUUUGUUUAGUGCUAAUUCAUGUGCAUAAUUAUUAGAAUAACGUCGAAUGCAUCCUUAUUUUGUUCCUAUUUGAUUAUGAUGCGAUUUUAGGGUACUUUAGAUAAUACAUGCGAAUUAGGUACAAAAAGGGUCACAAGUGUAGCAAAAUGGGCAGGAAGUUGAUGAUCAUGACUAACUCAUCCAGAAUAUCACAAUAAAAAUCUCAAUCAAGGUCCAACUAUAAACCUUAACCGGGUGCAAUAUAGGUAAGUAUGUUUUAAAAGUCAAAAUUGGGAUGGUCCAGGUAACCCUACUUCGAUUGUUUGAAACAUUAUUUAGCAAGCGGUUUUUGGUUGAAACUACGAUUUAAACUUAAAGCGAUUGGAAAAGUAAAUGGUGUGAACACUAAUGGAGAAGGCUUCACUCGGGUGUUGUUCCCCCUAGAUACAUAUAAAGGUAAGUUAAAACG